AUGACUGCACUGGAUGCUGCCGCUCACGAUGCGGUGCCUUCGUUGGUGAAGUUGGCCGUCGCCGGGGCAACACCGUGGCCGACGGAGAUAUUUCUGCACUUCUCGUCUUUCAGGGAUGCGUACAGCGCAUGGCACGAACACGACGACUUCGUCCGCUGGCUGCAGUCGAGUGACUAUGCGGUGGCGCUGCUUGCGGCUUCCAAUUUGCGUCCUCUCCACUUCGCGGUGAGGGAGCGGGUAACAACGCCAAGGGCGCCCUCGCCCAACACCGCGGAAACAGCCGCCGUGCACCUGGUGCUGUGCGCACCGUGCUGCAACACUACUGUCGUUCUGUCGGAAGAGGAACGGCUAGCGCUGGCGAAGUUGACACGUAUUCUUCCAUUCCAUGUGGGCCCGAACGGUGUAGCAACCCAGAACGAGCACUCUACCACGACACUGGUGCAUGCUACGCAGCUGGAGCGACAUCAUCGAAUCAUGGCUGGCUUACUGGCGCGCGCUCACCGAGAGGGCUGUGCCUGGCGCGACCGACAUGCUACUGGCGAGCAGGGCGGCGCAGCAGACGAGGUCACGGCCUCAUGUGCUCGCCAACUCCUGCUAGGGAGCCCGUCGCUGUGCAUCAUGGAGUCUGCGACAGUUCGCGCCUUUUGUGCCGCGGUGAUACUUUGCCCACCAGAUGCGGAAGCGGCCACUAAGGCAACAGCUCGGACACGCUGCCUGCUUCCACGAGGAACCCCGCCCAGUGUGGUGCAGCAGUGUAUGGAGGAAACGCUGGCCGUUCUGGACCCCGCCUCGUCUGGUGGCGACUGCGAAGCUGGCACUGCUGUGCCAAGACUGCGGUACACGGGCAGCAACGUGAAUGAUCGUAUUCUGCAGCUCUUUUUCGCCCCAAAGAAGCGCCCUCGGGCAGAGGCAAGCAACGGCGCCGCUUGCUCUGAGACUGGGGUGAACGGGGAGGUGGUGCUGCAGUACAUGGCAUUGCUGAUGACACUCUACGGGUACACGGUGGCUGCUGCAGGUGACGUGCAGUCGGUGAGGGCAGCAAAUUCAGACGGGGACGCGGUCGACUUGGAGCAGGCGGAGUGCGCCGCUCGCGCGGGAGCCUUCCGACCUUCUCGCUGGGGAGCACCGCCGUGGAGGUGCCCACCGACAAUCCUAUCCUCUGCAGACGAGGAGGAAGGGAACAGACGCGUCCACAAGGAGACAUCGAGGCAGUCGCAGAUGGUUUCUGCCGCAGACGCGAUGAUGCUUCUUGGAUGGCAUGUCCGGUGCCAGUUCUGCGCCCACAGCCCGGCUAUUGUGGGCGUGCGCGAGACUGUCACGACAACCACAAUCACGACGACAAGGACAGCUGAGGCCUUGCGCACUGCGGCCUGCGCUUCUGGUCGCUCAGCGGCAGACGCGUCCCGCGACGAAAGGCGGAGUUUUGUUGACGAAGAGGUCGAUCUGCUGCACCCGCAGCAACGGGUAGGGGAUUCGGUGGAGUCCGGUAGUGGCGAUGGCGGUGGCGGCAGUGGCAACGAAGACGUUCUGAGUGCCCUUGCGGAGGUGGAGGCAGUACUUCUCAGUGCCAACCGCAGUCGGCACUCCGGCGACGUCAAGGACGAGGCUGCCGCUGUUGCUGCUGCACUCGAGAACGCUUCAGCAGACCAGAGUGACGGGGCUGAGGACGAUGAUGAUAAGCUUGAGGUGUGUGCGUCCUCACAGGCGUACAGGGAGGAGGACGCCACGGUGAGCGUUACGCCGUCCUCGUCUGUCGGCCGAGGCAGCGGAGACGGUCACAACGACGGCGAGGCGGGGGUGAACAGUGGGCUGGGCAGCGACAUCGCCAGCAAUGAAGAGACGUCCGCCGAGGAGGAUUCAAAGGUUGCUUCUUGUGGUGACGAGGAAGCACUCAGUGCGCAGAGCACACAUAUGCCCGGCGGUGUCGCACUCUCACCGGUGGAGGCGACUACACUUCUUGGCACCGCUGGUGCUGGCACCACCGCAGCGGCCUUUGCCUUCGCCCCAGCGACUGUAACGACCAAGAUGGUAACGAAGAGCGAGACGCGGUCUGUCACCACAAUAACAAUGACCUUCUCUCAGCGCUCAACACUGCAGAAGGAUUCCCAGCAGCAGCAGCAGCAAUGCAGCGGGAUCUCCAACGGCGGCCACCACGGCAACUGCCCAUGGCAUAGACUGUUUCUGACCGACGCCAUCGACGCAACGGCCCUCGCGGCACCGGAGCGCUUCAUGGAUUUCACAUGGGUGGUCGGCGAAGAUGGCGACAUACUACAGGAAGAGAGGGCGGCGGACUUAAGUAACGCCGCGCCUCCGUCGGCGGUGACGUCUGGCGUGAGUGUCGACGGCGAGGAGCUGCUCGCUCCACAUCAGCACCCCUUGCCGUCACAGGGUGAGAGCGAUGUCUGCGAGGCCUCCGAAACGAGCUCAGAUCGCACUCUUCUCGUCUUACGCUUUUUGCUUCCUGAAGUGGAGCGCCUCAUCACGACGUGGCGGCUCAGCGAGGAGUGGGAGCGUACGCGACCCGGCGAGUACCUGCGCCACCCCCUAUGGCGCACAUGGCUAUCGUCGCAGACGCUGCACCCGGUGCGUACAGAGAGCGCUGACGGCAUGAUGGAGCAGUACUUGCGCACCCUCGAGCGUCAGCUAAUGCCGUCGCAGAGCAGGGCAGAGGAGACAGGCGCGUGCGAAAGGAGCUCCGCCGUAGCGGCCGGCGGCAGGGGCCGUGGCAGCAGCGUGGCCAACAAAGCAGUAGCGAAGACGAUGGGGACCGCGAAGUGGGAAGCGCUAGGGACGUUGGAGGAGCUUGGGGUCACGAUUGGUGCCCCUCUCUACAACGUCAAGGCCACUUCAUUCAACCGAACUGUGGAGGGUGCCCUGCAGUUGGCUACUCGCUCGCUGCACCGCUGCUUCGUAAAUGACCAAGCAGCUGCUGAGGCAGGCGGAAGAUCGAACUCCGGUGAAGCGCGCACGUUACUGCGUGAGGGACUUCGAUCGUUGUUGCGGGUUUCGGGCACCUCUACAGCCCAACGUGUCGCUGGCAGCAGCGGGGCGGCACUAAAAGUUGCCUUUUCCUCGGCGGACAACGAGGAGUCGCGAGGAAAGGAGGCUGCUGCGGCAGCGCGGGCCUUCUUGAAAACGAUGGAGGCGCGCUACGCAGACAACGUCGUUCGUGAAGGCAGCUGUAAUGCAUCACGGCUUCGACUCGCGCUGCAGCGCGAAGCCAUCCCUCACGGUUUGCACGAAUUCACGACCUCCAUCUACCCAACGUUGCAGCCUCGAGUCGGCGACUGCUCCAUCUCUGCUGCUGAUCCAGUUUACGUUGUGAACACCGCCUCUGGCAGCACCAACGCCGCGCCAUCCCAUACCCCCAGCGAUGUUGACCGCUCUCGUGUGAUGCAGUACCUGCAAGGCAUGCACCACACCGCGCAGGAGGAGCAGCUGCAGCUGCAGCACGAAAAGGAGAGACGGGAGGAGGCACAGCGACUUGCGGAUGCAAAGGCAGCGGCGGUAAUAUCCUCCGCCGCAGCCGCUGCGACACCUUCCGCAACGGAGGCUCGCGCUCCGGCUACACAGAUGAGUGCGAACAAAGGUCCUGCAAAGCAGCGGCAGCGGCAGCAGCAGUCUCAUGGCAGCAGAGACCUGCAUUCCUCGGCGAACCAGUCAUCGUUGCCAAGCCAAAAGAAGCAUCUAUCAACGCACCAGGCGCCGGCACCGAGUCAAGGCAAUUCAAUGGUGCAAGCGCCCCACUCGACACCCGCGUCAAGAAGCUCGGCCGUCUUUCAGGGGGCCGUGCUCCACAGCGGCGGUCCUCCGAUGCAGCAGAUCGGGUAUGAAAAUCCGCUGUGGGGCUCUCCACAGCCCUUUUCACACGGCACCUCAGGAGUGUCUCCACCGCUGCAGUCGACACCGGUGCACCACCCCACUCACGGUAUGGUGGACAAGAGCGCUGUGCCUGUUAUCUGUGCACCCUUUAAAGGCCAGAGGGGCGACAGUGGGCUGUUCAACCCGUCAGCCGACAGCAGCUUGUUUCCUGCGCCGAAUGGGGCCCCGGUCGGUGGUCAAGAGCCAAUUUUCCGCGACAGCAGCCUCGGCGGGGCAGCGCUCACUGGGUCUGGCCUUGUGAGCGAUGGCGGACCCCUCUUCACAGCUCUUCACCCCUUUGGGUGGUUGCCUUUUCCAUCAGGCCCCUCAGAGGGGGAUGACCCGGGUGUUUUGGAGACAAGCGUGUACGCCCGCCCAUCUUCGGGCGCCCUGCCGCGCGGCCGUGCCAGUGGCCCUCCUCCAUGUUCCGGCGACUCGGUUUUGGGCAACCUAAACACGAGCAACCUCAGCAGCGGCAGCGGUGGCCCUGCAGAAGAUGUGCGUCUCUCGAAUUGGAGCAGCAGCUCGAUGUCGCAGGGGCCAGCGACCGGUGGUGGUGGUGGUGGUGCAGUUCUUGGUCAAAUUACAUCUCCUGUCCUUCGGCGAGAUAGCACCGGUGGUAGCAGCCGUAAUGUCGCCGGAUCCUCGGUGCCGAGUGUGUUCGGCACUUCAGCGUCGUCGUCCUUCACUGCACCAAAGGCGUUCACGCCGGGCGCGCAGCCUUUACCGGUGUCACGCGGCGGCGCUGCCAACCGCAGCCGUGGUAGCGGUGGUGGGCGACAGAACAUGCAGCUGCCGGCAUCGCACAACCAGCCGGCCCCGAGAGUGAAAGCUGGUUCCUCUGUCCUUGGAGGUGGCGGCGCGAAUGCGCACACACCACCAGCUCGUGGCGGCGGCGGCGGCGGUGCCGGAGGACGCAGCGGGCAAGGCCGAAAUCGUGGUGGCGGUGGCCAAAGGCGCGGUGGUGGCGGCCGUGUUGGUGGCGGUGGCGGUACCGGUUUUCGUCGAGGUGGCUGA